UUGGCGGACUGGAGAAUCUCUGUGACACAGACCAUCGAACCCUCUUUGACGACACUGGUGGCCCUUGUUUGGGGAUAACGGGGGUUUUCAACCAUGGCGCAGAGGAACUCCUCUCCGUCCGGGCCCGAGUUUACGGAUCCAUGGAGGCACUCUUCGUCGAGAGGUUCACAGAAAUCAGUGCACAUUCCAGAUGGUCGGAUUGCGCACACUUUAACUGCUUGUACGCGCUGUAGACAGCGCAAAUCCAGAUGCGAUCCGGGAAUUCCACGAUGCGAGCCAUGUGAACGGAGCAAUGCGAGAUGUGUAUACUACGAUCCUGCCAGGAAUUGUACCAUUCCUAGGACGUAUAUUCUACAGUUGAGGGAAAAAGCCCGUACGUUAGAAAGGGAGCUUGCGGAAGCUGAGCGGGACAUACAGCAUGCUGCGAAUGCGGAGAUGAUGGUACGAGGUGCCGGCCGUAUCAAAUUUAAGGAGAAUGACGAGCCCAAAUAUCUCGGUCCAUCCAGCGGUCUCGCAAUUACCCGUUUGGUCAUGGAGAUGGCGAAGCAGAACACGGACUCGAAAAGCAUCAAAGACGUCGUUCCCGAAGUGACAGCGCAGGAAAUUAAGGAUACUUUCACUAAGGAAAGUUCUAAACCAACGUCAAAGAUUUAUCCUAUGAUUAGUUCCAUGCCGCAGGAAGAGCUUCCACCUCGAAACUUGACAUAUCGGCUUAUCGACCUCUUCGUGGUGCGGGCACAAUACAUGCUCCCCACUCUCCACGAACCAUCGUUCCGACAAGACGUAGAAGACGUCUUCAACGGCUGCGAUGACCCUUGCAAAAAUUUCCAGCUGCGACUUGUCAUUGCAAUUAGUAUGCAAAAGCUAAGCACAGCGUAUGCAGGUUUGGCAGAUAGUUAUUAUCUGGCAGCUUUGCCAUUCCUGGAGCCUUCCUUAAGAAGGAUGGACCUGGGCUCUCUCCAAUGCUUGGUCCUUAUCGCUCAAUACUCCCUGUUGACCCCGACGAGGACUGCUGCAUACUGGGUUGUCGGCGUAGCGGUAAAACUCUGCCAGGACCUACGUCUGACAGAAGAAUCCACAAUCACUCGAUCACCAACCGGUGAGCCGUUGAAUGCGCUUGAGAUCGAAAUGCGAAGGAGGCUUUUCUGGAUUGUCACUUCCAUGGAGUACGGCCUUUCCCAUAGCUUGGGCCGUCCCAGCGCCUUCUGCAUCAGCCACGACCACAUUGACGUGAAAUUCUUUGAGCUAGUCGAUGAUCGCUUCAUCACACCCGAAGGGGUUUUGCCAGGGGCCAAGCCCGUAUUAGCCAAAUGCAUCGCCAUCCACUUCUUCAAAAUGCGUCUUCUGCAGGCAGAGAUCAGACGCACUCUAUAUCUCAAAAAGCGAGAGACUCCUGUGAACGACGAGGAUCCAUGGUUUACACAAAUGCUCGCAAAGCUAGAUGACUGGGUCGCUUCUUGUCCGAAAAAUGAUGGAGGAAGCGGUCUGAGUGAGAAAUGGUUCAAAGGGCGACGUAAUACAAUGAUUGUCUUCAUGUUUCGGCCAUCCCCACAGGUUCCCGAGCCCUCCCUACGUGCUGCUCAGAUGUGUUAUGAAGCAUCGGCGUUUAAUGUGGGAAUGCAUCGCGAGCAGAUUGCCACCGGGUCCGUUGACCUGACUUGGAUCUUUACGCAAUCUCUCUUCAUGGCUCUGAAUACCAUUCUUUGGUCUCUAUCUUACCCAGAAAUUCGGCAGGAACACCCUCUUGAUGAAGUGCUCGAGUACAUCCAUGUGGCACUUGAAGGACUUCAACUGGCUGCGGAAAGAUGGCCCGGGGUGGAGUCCGCCCUGCGGCUGUAUAGGAGCCUUAUCUCCGCGUGCCUGAAAGCGUACGAUACCGCAGAUUCGUUCGUGGUACACUCACCAUCCAACCACGCGACUCCCUCGUCAGGGCAAGACGUCGCUACACCACCACCGAUGUCUAGUCCAUCCAGUACUACAACCACGUCAAUACGUUCAACACAACAACCCCGACGCGGUGAUUAUUCCAUUUCAGAUAGAUCCUCGACGGGGACGGUCUCAAGGGGGCAUUCAGCGGAUCCUCCAUUUCAUUUCUCUUCCGGUCCCAACGUACCUGCGGUAGAGGCAUCGAAGAUACCACAGAUCUUCACGACUGCACCGCCAGUUCAGUCUCAGGUAUCCACCCAGCAAGGCGUUGAGCAGGCGAACUACGGCAACCAGUCGUAUGUACCGUUCAACACCAACUUUGCCGGCUAUGAAUUCGACCCUGCUACCCCUUUUAAUACGUUUCCCUCCGUUGUUCCCGGCCUUCCGGGCUGGGAUCCGAAUUUCACUGUUGCGUCGACUACUGCCAGCCACCUAGCAUAUGUGGACGCAAGCGUUGAUCCGAUGUGGCUAGGCAGUAUCGGUGAUCAGUACUCGCAGUAUUCGAAUGCGCCAUAUCCAGUGCCUCCGUGGCGGAACCGGACUCUCAGUCAGCAAGAGCAAGUCGAAUUGAUGGCGUCCUUAGAGGAGGACAUCCCGGAUGUUUCUGCGUAUCUAGUGAACGAAUCGGCUACUUUUUACCGAUCGUGAGCCUCCUGACUUGGAUUAUUACCCACUAUAUAUAGAUGGACAAGGCAUCUCAUGACGGCCUCUGGACGG